AAAAAAACCCCGACAUUGGCCGACAAAACUGCACGAUAUUUUGUUAGGUUAGGGAGAAUUUUCGUGCUCCGAAAAUAAAAUAAUUUUAGGGAAAUUAUAAAAUGCAAAAAAUAACAGAAAUAUGCAUGAAUUUGCAUAGUUUAGCAAAUAACUUUUCCAGAGUGUCCCGUAGAUUAAGCGUAGUAAGUACAACGAGUACUUUUCAUCACAAUACCCGGCAUUGCCAUAGUGAAAGAGGAAGUUGCAAGAAGCUAGAGGAUAUCAUUGAGAAACGCCGAAAGGAAGCUAGUCGAAGCGUUGUGGUGCAGGUGUACUCGGAAAAUUCAUAUCCGGAACUCCAUUCCUAUUGCUCUCAAUUUGGCCAAAUAAAAGAGGCGCAUCACUAUGCAAUUAAUCAGUACGGUGAGAAUCUGAAUUAUAUUUUGUUGGAAUUCUCAGAGAUUGAGAGUGCACAAGCAGCUGUGCAGUCCAGUUGCUUUGCCCGGGAUGCCCAGGUGCUUCCCGUUCAAUCCUCCUUUCUGUACUUUGGAAAAGGAAAGCCCAUAAAAUGCACAAAAGAUGCCAAAUUGGCUACAGUCAAUGGGAGUAGUGUGACAAGCAAUGAGGAGCUACAUGAAUGGCUUCAAAUGGCCUCAAGUAUUGAUGAUCAGCUGAAGAUUCUCUGUAGUGCUACAAAAUUGAAUGAUUUAGGCACAAGGAUGCGCUUCUUGGCGGCUCAGCAGAUUGAGAAAUCCCUCACGGGUAUGUUCCCAUACGCCAAGGUGCUACCAUUUGGAUCUUCCAUAAAUGGAUUUGGAAAAAUGGGAUGCGAUCUCGAUCUGAUCCUAGAACUGGAUGAAGCUAAUCGUCCAAAUUACUCAUCUAGACUGAUUUUCCAUUCAAAAGAGCUCACAGAUGCUCGGUAUCAAAUCCAAAAAUGCAUGGAGAAGAUUGGAGACGUUGUAGAACUCUUCCUGCCGGGAAUAUCCAAUGUUAGACGAAUCCUCCGGGCUAGGGUACCAAUUGUAAAGUACAAACAUGAAUUUUUGGACUUGGAAGUUGAUCUGUCGAUGACCAACACGAGUGGACUCUACAUGUCUGAGUUACUCUAUCUCUAUGGGGAGCUCGAUGAGAGAGUAAGACCUCUUGUCUUUGCCAUUAGACGAUGGGCACACACGGUUUCCCUGACAAAUUCCGUGGCUGGACGGUGGAUAACAAAUUUCUCCCUCACAGCCCUCGUGGUGUUCUUCCUGCAGCAACUCAAAAAGCCAAUCCUUCCUUCCAUCAAUUAUCUCGUUUCAAAAGCAUCUCCGGCAGAUACCAGGAUAACAAUUGAUGGAAUAAAUUGUACAUUUGCACGGGAUCUACAUCGAAUAGAUUUCAAAAUAACAAAUGAGGAAAGUCUGGGUGCGCUUCUCUUUCAAUUCUUCGAGUUCUAUUCGGACUUUGAUUUUGCCAAUCGCGCAUUGAACCUCAAUGAGGCCCGCAAAACCCUUAAACCCGAUUUUUCACCCAUGUACAUUGUAAAUCCCUUCGAAACCAGCCUAAAUGUGAGUAAAAAUGUCAGUUUAGAGGAAUUGGAACGCUUCCGGAUGGAAGUGCGGGAAGCUGCAUGGCUUCUGGACUCUCUCGUGGAAAGAACUUCCGUGGCACCAUGGGGUCUCUUGUCGCUUCUCCUCAAGGGACCAGCUACAACACCACGGAAGCCAAUGCUAGAUGUCCGGAAGUUGUUUGAAGGGAUGGAAGUUGAAGAAGAACAUGAGGAAGAGGUGCCUACGGAGAGAUUGAAGAAGAAACCAAAAGAGACUACUGUAGACAGAAGAGAGAGAAGGAGGUAGUGUGACCAAGAAUAAAUGUUUUUAUUCAUAGAAAA